AUGCGACCACUGGGGAAGCUGAGGGCCCUGGAAAGCGGAAGCGAGGUGCAGCUUCAAGCCACGAGCCAGACCAUCAGCCUGCAAAAUCAAACUGGAGCCUUCCAGGCGCCCGUUGUCGUGCAAACAAACGGGCUGUUGGUGGCCAAUUAUGGCCUGCAGAACAAUUCAGACACCAACAUCAAAGCAAACCAGCAGCCCACACCGCUGGCGGAUCUAAAAACUGUUUUCGACGCCGUGGAAGUGAAAAGCUACACUCGCACCGACACACCGCAGCCCGAGGACCGCAUUGGCUUCAUAGCCCAAGAGAUUCUUACUGCUGGUGUGUUGGGGCCGAAGCUUGCCAGCAUGCAAGAAAAUGGGCUGUACGGACUGGACUACUCUCGACUCACAUGUGUUCUAUGGGGAGUCUGUAAACAACUCGAGCAGCGCGUUGCAGCCUUGGAGGCAGAUGAUUAG